UAAUAAAGAGAGAUUUAACUGAGGGCUGUGCUUGGAAUAAAGUGGACUACAAAAAGGUCAAAUUUGAUCAGUUGGAGCAGAUUACAAGGGCUUUAAAAGGUAGUGGUGAAGAAAUGAAACUGGGACUGUGAAGCAAUAUAGCACAAGAUUGAUUUUGGGGGUGGAGAGAAGCUGGGACAAGUGCUUAUCAGCCUGAGAAGGAGGAAGAGCUGUGCUGGGUUUGUUGUCAUUCCCACACUGAGUAGAGUACUUGCUGCUUUUGUGGUUAGCCUUCCCUGCCGUUGUUUUUUUUCUUUGUUUUUUUUUCUUUUUUUUUUUUUUUUCAUUUUUAAUAUACAUAUUUUAUUAUUGUUAUUCCUACAAUGGUGUCUAUAAUAUCUGAAUUGGAUCCUCUGAAAAGCUGGAAAGUUUUAAGAGAGACUGCCACAGAGCUAUCUGGAACAUUACCAAGUAACGGCACAGCUAACAAGAUGAAUGGAGCUUUGGAUCAUUCAGACCAACCAGACCCAGAUGCCAUUAAGAUGUUUGUUGGACAGAUUCCCCGUUCGUGGUCAGAAAAAGAAUUAAAAGAACUUUUUGAGCCUUAUGGAGCUGUCUACCAGAUUAAUGUUCUCCGAGACAGAAGUCAGAACCCUCCCCAAAGUAAAGGUUGUUGUUUCGUAACAUUUUAUACAAGAAAAGCUGCUCUUGAGGCACAGAAUGCACUGCACAAUAUUAAAACUUUACCUGGGAUGCAUCAUCCUAUUCAGAUGAAACCUGCAGAUAGUGAAAAGUCAAAUGCUGUGGAAGACAGAAAAUUGUUCAUAGGAAUGGUUUCGAAGAAGUGUAAUGAGAAUGAUAUCAGGGUGAUGUUUUCUCCGUUCGGCCAGAUAGAAGAAUGCCGAAUCCUUCGGGGACCAGAUGGGCUGAGCCGAGGCUGUGCGUUUGUCACAUUUUCUACAAGGGCAAUGGCACAGAAUGCAAUCAAAGCCAUGCACCAGUCUCAGACCAUGGAGGGCUGCUCUUCGCCAAUCGUGGUGAAGUUUGCUGACACCCAAAAGGACAAGGAGCAGCGGCGUUUGCAGCAGCAGUUGGCUCAGCAGAUGCAACAGCUCAAUACUGCCACUUGGGGAAACCUCACAGGUCUUGGAGGACUCACACCACAAUAUCUAGCUCUCCUGCAGCAAGCAACUUCCUCCAGUAACUUGGGUGCCUUCAGCGGCAUUCAGCAAAUGGCUGGCAUGAACGCUUUACAAUUACAGAAUUUGGCAACUUUAGCAGCCGCAGCAGCCGCUGCCCAGACCUCAGCUACCACCACCAAUGCAAACCCUCUCUCCACAACGACUGGUGCUCUGGGAGCCCUCACAAGUCCCGUGGCUGCAUCAACUGCUAAUUCCACAGCUGGUGCGGCCAUGAAUUCUUUGACUUCUCUGGGUACUCUCCAAGGACUGGCUGGAGCCACUGUUGGACUGAAUAAUAUUAAUGCACUAGCAGUUGCUCAAAUGCUCUCAGGUAUGGCGGCCCUGAACGGAGGACUCGGCGCAACAGGCCUGACGAACGGCACUGCCGGCACGAUGGACGCGCUCACCCAGGCCUACUCAGGAAUCCAGCAGUACGCGGCCGCCGCGCUGCCCACCCUCUACAGCCAGAGCUUGCUGCAGCAGCAGAGCGCCGCGGGCAGCCAGAAGGAAGGUCCGGAAGGGGCAAACCUCUUUAUUUACCACCUCCCCCAGGAGUUUGGAGACCAGGACAUUCUGCAGAUGUUCAUGCCUUUUGGAAAUGUUAUCUCUGCUAAAGUCUUCAUUGACAAACAGACCAAUUUGAGCAAAUGCUUUGGUUUUGUUAGCUAUGACAAUCCGGUCUCUGCACAAGCUGCUAUCCAGGCUAUGAACGGCUUUCAGAUUGGCAUGAAACGCUUGAAGGUUCAGCUGAAACGCUCCAAAAAUGACAGCAAACCUUACUGAUCUUAACCCCAGAUGCUUACUGCUCUUAUUUUAGCUUUCUUAGGACAUCUCCAUGCCCGUUAGCCCAUCGUUUGCCUAGCAUGUCCCUGUGGCGUCUCAAAAAAAAAAAAGUUUCAUCGUCCCGUCAUUGUUUCUGAUGUCUUUCUGACCUCACAUCAUAUUUGGUUCUCCUACUGACCUAGUUUGACCUUUGAAAUUUGCAUGUGACCUCAUCUAGCUAUGAAUUCUGGGAAGUCAAUGUGAAAAAACAUUGCUGCAUUCAUGCAAGACUGAAAUUUAUUAUUAGAUAAAUUAAUGAUAGGAUUUAAAAAACAACCUGUGGCAAAAUGUUUUUUCUUUCUUUCCUUUGUUUUGUUUUGUUUUGUUUUGUUUUGUUUUUUGGUUUUCUUCUUUCCUUGGAGUUUUUGUUUCAUUUUGUUUGGGGGUUUUUUUGUUUGUUUUGUUUUGAGUUUUUCUCUUGGUUGAUUUUUGGUUUUGUUUUUUUCAUUUCGUAAAAAAAAAAAAUAAAAAAAAAAACAGACUUGAAAGUAUUAUACAGGGAUUGGCAUUCUGCCUGGUCACUGGUGACAAUAGCAAUAUGUGUCCAGAGGCACAGAAUGUUGGUUUCUAACAGACUACUUCCAAAACAGUUUGAGAAAUAAAACUGUCUGAUUUUAAGUCUCUAGAGGUCUGUAAUAGUUUUUACAUUUUUCAGGCAGUGUAAAGUUUUUUGAUAAGGCCAUUUUAGGUGGCUCACUUUCUCAUUAAAGUAUAUAUAUAGAACCACUUUUUGUAGAUUAGUAUAAGAAAUAUUUACCCUGUUUUAGGGCAAAUGCUACCUACUUGUGUCACCUUUUGCUGAACUGACUCACAGUUAGACAAUCCAUGGUUUAAUGCACAUGAAAUUACCUAUAUUUUAUACUGUUUCAAUGUACAGAAGAAAGGUUACUGUAAAAUGUGUUACGUUGGUGCUUCUGUGAAUUAAGUUGUGGUUUCAUCAUGAGUCUUAUGGUCUUAAGUGUUCUAUGUUUAUAAAAAGACAAGUUUAAAAAUUGGUUUACUUGAACAACGAGAACAAAAAGAAGAUUCAAAAAAAAAACACAAAAAAAAAGUUGUUUGCUUAAAAAAAAAAUUUCAUGUGAAAAUAAAAAAAUAUUCCAGAAUAAGUUUGUGUUGGCUUGUGACGCAUUGAUGUCAUUUUUUUAUUGUGAACAAUUUAGGUGUGUUUGUGUUCAGCAAAAUGUGAUCAGUUUUUCUUUUAAAGAAAAAAAAAUCAGUGAAACUAUAGUGCCAAAUUCCAAAGGUACUUUCUUCCUAGAGCUUCAGUGUGUUUCUUGUGCGAAGUAAUUUGAUAACAUGGGUAUUUUAUUAUGUGUUUUGUAUAAAUCCCUAAUAUUUAAAGAAAAAAAGAGGUUAAAAAGUUUGUUAACUUGCUAUCCUGUGGUCUUGUUGCCUGAAAUUGUUAUUGUUUGUUAUUUCUCUUUGAUGUUUUUUGUAAAACAUUGUAUAAGUGCCCAUGUUUCACUUUUUUAACCACUCUGCACACAUCAAUGCUGUGAAAGCAAACCUCACUAUGUAUUUUCUUCAUAUUGUAUGGAAACCUCUAAGGUGAGAAAGUUUUGAACUUUUAACCCUUUCCACCCAGAGCUGUCUUGAGUGUUAAUACCUUUUAUACAUUCACCAUUUUGCUGUUUAUUUUUAUAUAUAUAUCUAUAUCUAUAAAUAUAUAUAUACUUAGUUUUUUGUGGUUUAUUUAAUACAUGGUUGAAAUCAGAACAAUGCACAGGGCAGAUCUGAAGGACAAAAAUAUUUUACUGCUGUCUAAAUUUCUUCUGUAUCUAUAACUAAAAUUAUUUAAAACCGUAAUUAACUUGUGGUUUUCCUUUUUAGAUUUUGGGGAUUAUGUCUUUUCUUAAAGAGCUUUUAAUAUGCUGCUGGAAUAUGCUAUUCAGUAUUAAUAAAAUAAAAGAAAAAGAAAACAAUUCUUUAAUUAUCUAUUGUGUGAGCCACUCCCAGCCAGGAGCGGUCAAUCCACCAUUUGAAAACCUUGAGGAGAAAAAAAAAGAAUAAUAAUAUUUUUGUAAUUUAAAUAAAUGAACUUUUGCUUAAAUCAGAUGCACUAGAUCUUCCUGGGUGAAAAUUCAGUGUGCACUGCAGUUAAACUACUUUUUAUGGAUAAAGUUUACAUACACUGUAAUGUUUGGUGUUAUUUGCCAUUAUUUGUCACGGCAAUAUAUUGGCUUACUCCUGCAGACACUCAUACAGAGAGGAGUAAUUUUACUCACACCUGUGAUCCAUGGGAAUAUCUGUGUGACUGAUGUGAGUGUUUGCUGGAGGAAGCUCUUUGUAAGGAACCAGAAAAGAGAUGCUGGUAGCCCUUUUCACUGCCUUGUAAGUCUGAUUGGGUUGCAUUUCUACCACACAAACAGUGACCAACAACCAAAUUCAGUUCUUUGCCACUGGUUUAGUGAAUUCAUUGCCAAUCCAAUGUGUGUAAGCAGCAGUACCUGCUAUAGGUCAUAAAGUGCCAUACCUUCUUCCACCUCCUAGUUCUAUCUGGUUAUAUUUGAAGCCACCUAAAAUUAAAAAUGAAGCCCUAUAUGAGCAACAUCAGCUGGUGCACUCUUGUCUCUCAUCCCCAACUUAAAUGCUUCUUUAUGUAGAGCCCUGGGAUGGAAAGGACUAGCCUCUAGUGAUGCAAAAAAAGUUUCCUUCUUAUAGCACAUGCACUUAUAAAUAAAUGAUCUAUACUUUUCUCACGUUUUUACUACUGCUGGGGCCUUCCUACACCCUUUGAGGGCUAUUUUGUACUACUUGCAGCAAUUGUGCGUAUUCAAAGUAUCAUCUCACGUACGUUAUAUUAUAUAUAUGUACAUAUAUAUAUAUAUAAUAUGAGAUCAUCAUUUGGAUUGUUUAGAGACUGUUUCACUAAUUUUUCUCAUUGUACCCACCGUCUAAAUUUCCAAAGCUUUUGUAGAUGCCCUGGUGUGUCCUGUGGGUUUUCCAGUCCAGUUGGAGCGGUGAUGCCUCAGGUCCUUGGGCAGUGUAACUCGGCACCAGGUUGCCCUGAACUACUCCAUGGGACAUUGGCUUAGCAUUGGGAGAUAAGGCAUGUUUCUGUACUUCCAGGCAACUGAGAUGAGUCAUUGCUUAGAAAAGUGUCCAUCUCUGGGGAAAAAAAAAAAAAAAAGAAAAAAAAAAAAAAAAGAAAAAGACAAUUUAAAAAAUAAAAAAUAAAAUUCAAAUACAAAACCAAAAACCCAAACAUACACCUCCUGGGAGGCAAAUUAUCUACCAGUUCUCUUUCAAAAUAAUGAAAGGAAAAAGCUGCAAGGGUGCAAGGGCCUAAUAAGAGAGGAAGUAAAACAAGGGAAAUUGCUUUACAAAAUUCUAAUCAAAUGACUAGACUAGUUGCUUUAUCAAACAAAUUAGCUAAUUGCAAUGAAAUGGCAGUCCUCAAAGGAGUAACAAGUUCAUCUUUCUUUCACCAUAGGGGUUACAGUUCCUUGGCUUGUGCUACUCUGGAAUCAUUUUACUGUUUCUGUUUUUAUUAUCUUAAGUGCUAAUUAACAAAAAGAAAAAAUAUCCUGUAGUUUCAUUACCUUUUUGGAUAAUGUCAUACAAAAA